AUGUCCAACAGGUCCGAGAGCAACACGACGGCCGCGGUGGACUGGUCUGAGGUGUAUGAAGCCGUCAGGUGCGUCCAGCUGCUCAUGGCUCUGCUCAGUGUUCUGGGCUCGGGCUCCGUCAUCGUCUGUGUGAUGUCACAGAGACUCCGCCGGAGGCCGGAGCUUCAGCCGCUUCUCCUGCUGGGCGUGUCCGACCUGCUGCUCGCCCUCUGCUGGCUGAUCGGAGCCGCUGCGUUCUCCGAGCGCUGCAGCCGCCUCAACACACACUGCUACAACCUGCACACUGUGGAGCAGGUUCUCUACAUGUCCUCGUUCUUCUACACACUGAACUACAUGUGGAACCUUUACAGAGGAGUGAGAGAGAAGCUCUGCAGCUGCCUGGAGGGAUACUCUGUACAGUUUUCCAACCGGGUGAGAACAGCUGAUCGGACCACGGCUCUGCUCUCAGGGCUGGUUCCUCUGCUGCUCAUGACGCCCGUCUUCAUACAGGGAAACCUCAGCCAAUGUCAGACCAACUUCACUCAGCCGUACAGGUGUCUGCUGAUGGACACGGGGGCGCUGUACCUGACCUCAGAGCUCCAGCAGCCAAUCAGAGCCUGCCGCCUGCUGCACACCUACGCCAUCGCCGUCUUCCUCAUCACCUUCGUCCUCACGCUCCUCAUCAUCACGGUCUUCGUGGUGAAGGCGCGGUGCAUCUACCGGCGGGUUGUGACCUCCAGCGGUUACCUUGGCAACGAGCAGCGGACCUCUUUCCGCCUGAUGGACCGACGGAUGCUGCUGUACCCGCUGGUCUUCGUCCUCUGCUGGGGUCCAGCCGUGGCGCUGGCGUUCCUGCGGCUGGUGAAGCCGUCAGCGUGUCAGGGAGAAUCCGCCGCCGUCCUCUACGUCUCUCAGACGUUCACCUCGGCGUCUCAGGGUUUCCUGAACUGUCUGGUCUACGGCUGGAUGCACACCAGCCUGCGCCGGGCCGGCAGGUCGAUUCUGUCUCGGGACGCGGACACUCAGACGCCGCUGCUGUCGUCACAGAAGAAGAAAAACUACCUGGCGCUGCCCAACAUCAGCUGAGACAGACAGCGAGGGACAAAGUGUCCCGACACCUGCAGAGAAGACACCAGAGGGAAAGUCUGAACUUUCACUUUCCACCGAGGGAAAACCCCGAGGACCCGAGCGUCCA